UAACCAAUGGUUGGAUUAAGGGAUGGGUACAAAGUACAGAAGAUCAUCCUCAGUAUUUUGCUUUAGGAUUGUUUUGAGCAUGUGUUGAUGGGACUUGUGCUCAUAUGGUUACCUCCGUACGGGAACAAGUUACAACCGCUUUUCUUAUGAUGUCAUUGAUAAUUCAAAUUACUGCAAUUCUCCUCGCUUUGGUAACUCACAUUGGAAUGGAUGAUCAAAAUAACAAUGUUACAAAGUGUUGCAUUUUAUCUGCUACAUUUAUUUUUAUCGCAGUCGCUUGUUAUGGAGGAUUGUUUGAUCGUACCGGGAUAAGUUAUGAAGGUUAUAGAAUUGGAUACAGUUUUGGGAUAGCGUGUACAGUAGGCGUGAUGAACAUCGCAUCUGCAAUCUUGAUAUGUAGAGGAACGUGUCCUUCAUAUCAAAGCAAACUUUCAGUUCGUACAAGAAAUAUUUCCUCAUAUGACCAAAAGUGAGCACCAAGGUUCUAUUAUAUUAACGUCAAGCAUUAUUGGUUAUACAUCUCAACAUAUACCAGGAGCUUAUGCAAUCACCAAAGCAUCGAUCAGUGCUAUGGUUCGUGCUUUCAUGGCAGAACUAAUAAAUCGAAACAUACGAAUAAAUUGUCUCUCAUUUGGUGGAAUUGAUACUUCGUUUUUUCAAAAAGUUCAACAGAACCAAUCUUUAAGAGAAAAUCUUUUGAGUUUAAUCCCGAUGAAACGUUUUGGAAAGGCUGACAAAUGCGCCGGACUCGCGGCAUAUUUAGCUUCAGACGAUGCUAGUUACGUCACAGGGGAGAAUUUCCUAAUAUCAGGUAUAGCAGACCGUAAGAGCCAAUAAAUGAGAAAAGAAAUCCUAUCAUAACGAACUCAAUGUACUAUCAAACGAUUUUAUUCAAGAGUAUUGAGUUUCAAAAAGAAUUCGACGUUACCCAACUCGGAGCAGUGAAGGGAAUUGGGACGCUAUUCACUAUUAACGUGUAACGAUGAUUCUUAAAAUACUUAGGCUGGUCACGUGAAUCUUAUAUCGUGGUUGAUUUCUUUUGUUGGCACAUCUGUUUCAAGUGUAUGAAGCUGUAUACAGAUUAUACUUACUAAUGAAUCAUGACGUCAUAAGCCAUUAUUUUAUGACAUUUCCAAUAUAUUCAUACCAUAUAAAACUAUCAUACGUAUAAUCUUUUAAUGUGGUAUAAAACAAUUAAAUGUGCUUGAUUCAGGAAUAUUCACGUCUUUUGUCUUCAAUAUGUUGAUAACUUGCGAAAGACAUUUUUUGAUAUAUGUUCAAGAUACACAUGUCUUUUGUUUGUGUCUAGGUUUAGACUGGACCUACUAAAUCAGGUACUUAUCGUCGUUGACCAGUUGGGUCAGAUUUGAUAGCGCUGCUGGGCCCUAGCCCAAAUAUGCGAGCCCGGCUCUACUUUAUUCAAUAAUCAUGCAAUAGGUCAAAUGUUGUAAAUAUUUUUCUAUUUUAGUGUUUUGAUAUUUAAUGCGUCACACAAUACAUGAACGUAUUUUAAUUGCAUCGAAAUGAAUUUGAUUGAACCCGAUAAGACAUACCAAGAAAAUGGUUAGGUAUUUCUUCAUCAUAUUUGAUACUUGCAACCAAUACCGCAACUUUAUAUUUAAGUUUUAAAUCAUUGUGCAUGAAUGCUAAUCUUUCAUAUAGAUGGUAUAAUAAGUAGCAAACGGAUGAAUGAAGAUUUUUUUUAAUUAAUUUCAAAAGGUAUAUAUAAUUGUUUUGUUUUCAGAUACUCAUUCUCACUAUUUGGUAAUAAAUAUCUAUAUUUCUUUUUUCGAAAA